AUGGAUUUCACAAGAUUCAUGAAUAAAUUCAAUGAAAUAGAACGUCAGUUGUCGCCUACAUCGGCACUGCGCCUUAGCUUCGACAAUAUAUCGCCGGAAACGGAGGAGCCACCCGAGGGUAACAAACGCCUAUGGGGCGUGCCCGUUCCUCCAUUUGUGUCAGAGAAGGUGGUCUCUUGGAUCGAGGAGGAGUUUAAUGAAGCACCCAUUUACUACAAUGGCAAUUGUGUGCUCAAGAAGGUGGAAAAUGUGCGCAUGAUUGAUCGGUACAACACCAAGAAUCCAACAGUUGGCACUUUAUAUUUGACAGCCACACAUUUAAUAUUUGUGGAGCCCGACAGCAACAAGGAGACAUGGAUUUUGCACAUGCAUAUUGCGAACAUUGAGAAGCUGCCGUUAAGUACAACCGGAUCGCCGCUACUCAUACGUUGCAAGACCUUUCUGUCAGUCACAUUUGUCAUACCAAAGGACUCCGAAUGUCACGAUGUUUACACCUCGCUCAUCAAGCUUUUUCAGCCAGUUUCCAUCAAUAAGUUAUAUUGCUUCAACUAUCAGCCGGCCAAGGACGAUUUUCCGCAGAACGCUGGCUGGGAUUACUUCAAGCUGGAUGCCGAAUUCAAGCGUCUACGCGUGCCAAAUGAUAUCUGGACCUUGUGCACCAUGAAUGAGAAAUACGAUCUUUGUGACACGUAUCCUCGACAAAUCUACGUGCCACAGGAGGCCACGAAGCUGAUGUUGAUAAGCAGUUCGCGUUUUCGGUCUAAGGGUCGCCUCCCGGCGCUGACCUAUUUGCAUGCCAAUAAGGCAUCCAUAUGUCGAUGCAGUCAACCCUUGUCGGGAUUCAGUGCGCGUUGUCUGGAGGACGAACAAAUGCUGGAGGCCAUACGCAAGACGAAUCCAAACACCGACUACAUGUACGUUGUUGACACACGACCACGGAUCAAUGCUAUUGCAAACCGGGCAGCUGGCAAAGGCUAUGAGAAUGAGGCAUUCUAUGAGAACAUCAAGUUUCAUUUUCUGGGCAUCGAGAACAUCCAUGUGCAGCGUGCCAGUUUGCAGAAGGUGUUGGAGGCAUGCGAACAGAAGACCCCAACCAUGAGCGGGUUUCUGAAUGCUCUGGAAUCGUCGGGUUGGCUAAAGCACAUACGUUCCGUUUUGGGCACGUCAAGCUUCAUUGCUAAUGCCGUCGACAAAGGCGUCUCUGUGGUCGUGCACUGCUCCGAUGGAUGGGAUCGUACCGCACAAGUUUGUUCACUGGCGUCGCUCAUGCUGGAUCCGUAUUAUCGCACAAUUAAGGGUUUUCAGGCUCUGAUUGAGAAGGACUGGCUGGCCUUCGGACACAAGUUUAGUGAACGCUGUGGCCACAUACAAACAGAAGCGCGGGAAGUGUCGCCAAUUUUCACACAAUUCCUCGACUGUACCUGGCAGCUGAUGUCGCAGCGAAGCGACGCUUUCGAGUUUAACGAGCGCUUUUUACUCAUACUGCACGAUCAUGUGCAUUCGUGUCAGUUUGGCACGUUUGUGGGCAACUGUGAGAAGGAUCGUUUGGACCUAAAAUUGGCCGAGCGCACGUACUCGUUGUGGGGCUUUAUGUCCAAUCAUUUAAAUGAGUAUAUUAACCCGCUUUAUAAGCCGGUAAUGGAUGAGCUCAUCAAGGCGAAUUUGGCACCGCAGUGCAUAAAAUUCUGGAGAGGUAUGUAUAGUAGGUUUGAGAGCGGCAUACAUCCACGUGAGCCACUUGGCGAUGUGCUCUUGGACAGCAAGGAGCAUUGCAAUUCGCUAGAGGAUCAUGUGCAGCACCUAACAAAACGCAUUGCUAGUUUCAAAAAUUACAUCUCAAAAUCGGCAAAGAAACUACAGGAUGCGACGACCACAAAACCGAGCAAGGAAACAGUCUCAAAUGAAAUCAUUGACAACAAAUACAACUAUGAUAAGAAAUUAAGCGAACUAAGCGCCGCUGAUGAUGACCAUCCACUUAAGGCGAACAACAUGUCCUUUGCUAAUCUUUCAUUGAAUUCCGAGCAAACUGCGAGUCCAAAUGGCUUGACUGACGAGAUCACAGCCGUUGCUGUAGAUUGGAAGCCUAUGCGAAAUGUCACAGCCUGCUCCUGCUCUACGCCCUUCGAUCAGUUCAGCAAAAAGACUCACUGCUGGAGAUGCGGAGAAAUCUUUUGCGAACGCUGUAUAGACAAGAGUAUGGCGUUGCCUGGCCAGGAUAGUGGCAAGGCGGUUCCCGUCUGUCGAAGCUGUUUUCGCACAAUGCAGAAGAACAGCCCAUAAACCCAUAGGUAAAUUAUAAAUCGUGAGGUCUUAGCAUAAAGUUAGAAAAGCACUUGUAGUUGUAACGUUUUGAGAGAAUAUUGGCGCUCGCGUGUGUGUCUGUGCUUGAGUUGUGGAGUAUGCAACAAUUUUGCGAACGUUAUAUUUAUAGUACUUAUAUGUACAUCGCAAGUAAACAACAUAAAUUACCUACAUAUGUAUAUCCACAGUUGCAUUUGUAGUUGUAGCUGCACAUUUUAAUGUAAUGUGAAGAUUAUCCAUUCUUCCAAAAUUCAGACUUCGUGCCCCAAUACAUUGCAGAUUGCAGCGCCUAACUGAUUACAAUUAUUAUAAGUUGAGCACAAACCUACAUUUUCUGUUAGUCACAAUUUAUUUUAGCCGUGUUGUUUUCUCCAAAUUCCUCCACUUUAAACACAAAGGAGUACAAUUAAAAGUUACCCUAUAAUAAAUGUUCGAUAACAAUGUAUGUAUAAAAUAUUUCAAGCAAUUCCAUUAGAGUGAACAGCAAAAACAUUUAUGAGAAUUAC